AGGCCACUUAUCUGUCAGGUAACCAUGCUCUCCAGCGCCCGCUACGCGUGCGCUACUGUUUUUCUCCCCCAAGUCAUCUAUUUAUACCCAAAUCACUCGUCGGCUCACGAACUUGGGUCUCCGCUCAAGUCUUACCUUACCUGCUUACAAACGAAGCAACCAACCCCAAAAAUCUCUGCCCUCAAACCCUAGAAUGGGUUCGCUCUGUGCCCUAGACGAGCCAUUGCAAUAUCCACACAUUCGCAGAGACGAGUCUAUCGUCGACAACUAUCACGGUGUUCUCAUCUCAGAUCCUUAUCGAUGGCUGGAAGAUCCAGACGCCGAGGAGGUUAAAGAUUUUGUAGAAAAGCAAGUGAAAUUGACAGAGUCGGUGCUUCAGAAGUGUGAUACGAGAGAAAAGCUUCGCGAGAAGAUCACAGAGCUUUUCGAUCAUCCUCGUUAUAAUGCGCCUUUCAGACGAGGGGACAAAUACUUUUACUUUCAUAACACUGGUCUUCAAGCUCAGGAUGUCCUCUACAUGCAGGAUAGCUUGGAUGGAGAACCACAGGUUUUGCUUGAUCCAAAUGGACUCAGUGAGGAUGGAACAGUUUCACUGAACAUUUAUGAUGUUAGCAAAAAUGCUAAGUACUUGGGAUAUGGGCUAAGUUCAAGUGGAAGUGAUUGGGUCACUAUUAAAGUUAUGCAGGUUGAGGAUAAGAAGGUCGAGCCUGAUACUUUGUCCUGGGUUAAGUUUUCAAGUGUUAGCUGGACCCAUGAUAACAAAGGUUUUUUCUAUAGCCGCUACCCAGCUCCCAAGGAGGGUGAAAAUUUGGAUGCUGGAACUGAGACAAAUGUCAACUUGAAUCAUGAGGUGUACUAUCAUUUCUUGGGUACCGAUCAAUCUGAAGAUAUUUUGUGUUGGAGAGAUUCUGAAAACCCGAAGUACUCAUUUGGCACUAGUGUAACAGAUGAUGGGAAGUAUCUUCUUCUGUACACUACGGAGACUUGUGAACCGGUCAAUAAAGUUUAUUACUGUGACAUGUCUGCACUUGCUAAUGGACUUGAAGGUUACAGGGGAAGAAAGGACCUACUUCCCUUUGUUAAGCUUAUCGACAAUUUUGAUGCAGAGUAUGGCACCAUUGCAAAUGACAAUACCAUCUUUACCUUUCGAACUAAUAAGGAUGCUCCAAAAUAUAAGCUAGUCCGAGUAGAUCUCAAGGAACCAAGUGCUUGGACUGAUGUCGUUCAAGAAGCUGAAAAGGAUGUGCUUGAAUCAGCUGUUGCUGUUAAUGGUAAUCAAAUUCUAUUGAGUUACUUGAGUGAUGUGAAGUAUGUUCUGCAGCUCAGAGACUUGAAAACGGGGUCCAUUCUACACCAUUUACCCAUUGACAUUGGCUCAGUUUCUGAGAUUUCUGCUAGGCGUGAAGACAGUACAAUUUUUAUUGGGUUUACUAGCUUCCUUACCCCAGGUAUUAUAUACCAGUGCGAAUUGGACACUGGUGUUCCAAAUAUGAAGAUAUUCCGAGAAAUUGUUGUUCCUGGAUUUGAUCGUACAGCAUUUGAUGUUAAUCAGGUUUUUGUGCCUAGUAAGGAUGGAAUUCAGAUACCAAUGUUCAUUGUGGCUAGAAAGAAUAUUCUUCUAGAUGGAUCACAUCCUUGUUUGUUAUAUGGAUACGGUGGAUUUAAUAUUAGUAUGACACCAUAUUUCAGUGUCAGUCGUGUUGUACUUACAAGGCAUUUAGGUGCUAUCUUCUGCAUGGCAAACAUUCGUGGUGGUGGAGAGUAUGGAGAAGAAUGGCAUAAAGCUGGUUCCCUUGCAAAAAAACAGAACUGCUUUGAUGACUUCAUUUCUGCUGCUGAAUUCCUUGUUUCUUCUGGUUAUACCCAAUCAAAAAAAUUGUGUAUUGAAGGUGGAAGCAAUGGUGGGCUUCUUGUUGGGGCUUGCAUUAAUCAGAGACCUGAUCUUUUUGGCUGUGCUCUUGCUCAUGUCGGUGUUAUGGAUAUGCUCAGAUUUCACAAGUUCACCAUAGGUCAUGCAUGGACCAGUGACUAUGGCUGCUCAGAGAAGGAGGAAGAGUUCCAUUGGCAAAUCAAGUACUCGCCACUACAUAAUGUUAGGAGACCGUGGGAACAAUCUCCUGACCAGUCUUCUCAGUAUCCAUCUACCAUGCUUCUGACAGCUGAUCAUGAUGAUCGGGUUGUGCCAUUACACUCGUUAAAGUUAUUGGCGACCAUGCAACAUGUUCUGUGCACAAGCUUGGAGGUCAGCCCACAGACAAACCCAAUUAUUGGCCGGAUUGAAUGCAAGGCUGGACAUGGUGCUGGACGUCCAACUCAAAAAAUGAUUGAUGAAGCUGCAGAUCGCUAUGGUUUCAUGGCUAAAGUGUUGGGUGCAUCUUGGAUCGAUUAGGUGACCUGCAUGAAAAUAUCAUAAUUUGCUCAGUGACAAUUUCUGAUAUUUAAUUUGGUAGAAGAUUCAUAGUUUUUUAUCUUAACUUCUUUAAUAAUUUAAUCGUGGUGCCAUUUUGUUCUUUUGAAAUCUGGUUAUUGUCUUUUAUAUUAUUUCUGGCCAAAUGUCUAUAAUUUUGAACAUUUUAUUAUCCAAUUUACCUUGCUUCUCAAUUAUUAUC